AUGUCUGAUAUUUCAAACGAAUGGAUUUUGUUUAUCGAUGCUGAUAUGACAGUAAUUAAUCCUAAUCACCUCAUUGAAGAGUGGAUUGACGAAGACUACAACUUGCUUUUCUAUCUACGAAUAUUCAACUCUGAAAUUGCUGCUGGCAGCUAUCUGGUCAGGAAUACGCCAUACUCAAAAAAAUUUUUACAUCGCUGGGCCAACUACUCUUUUGUUUUGCCAAAUUCCUUUCACGGAAGUGACAAUGGUGCUCUUCAUGUUAGUAUUUUCUCGAUUUAUUCUUCUAUUUAA